GUUUUCCAAGGCGCUGCAACGCCUAUCUCCGGUCUCUUAGGUGUACCAACACGCAGUAUGAAGUCUAAUAUAUACCGCCCAAUACCACCCUCCAAGCAGCCAAAACUGGGUAAUAUUUCGCCCGUACUGUCACGCCACGCGUAAGUAUCCAUUCGCCCCCUUCUGCGCCGUGGCCGACAACAACGGAAGAAGAACAAAAAUCCUGGCUGCGAUGAGACGAGACGAGACGAGACGAGACAGCGACACAAAGAUACUCUCUAUCCAGGCGAGUCGAGAAGCCAUCCCCAGGGCUACAUCUGCCACCUCUAAAAGGGCCAUGACCCGCCAGCGACCAAUCUCCUUCCCGCCAUGGUUGCUCGCUCAACACCGACGUUGAGAUUUUCGUCCGUACGACACAGAGAUCCUCCUCCUCCUGUCGCCCCAUCAUUCGAUCCGAGCAAAAUACCCUCCUUCGCUCACGACACCACCACCACAACCACCACCAAAUCAAUCCCCCCCAACCCCUCCACCGUCACCACACGACGAAGUGCCGUAAUCCAACAACGACAACGACAACAGCAGAAACAUCACCAAUUACAAGACAAAUUAAAACCCCUUAAACAAUCCAAACUCCCCUUCCCCCUUGCCUCCUCUCCCCGCCAACCCCAACAACCCACCAAGACAAUUCCAGCGCCCGAACGGCCUUUCAAGAAGGCAAAGCUGGAUGGUCGCCAUCAUGACCAGGCAUCCAUCACCGGGCCUGCAAAGCUUCCCUUGCGCAGUAGGGAUUCACAGGGCCUACUACUACUGACACCGGAUUCAUCAUCUACAAAAACAACAUCAUCAACAACAACGCCUGCUGCGUCUCGGACGCGGUCAGCGAAUGCUACUGCAGCUACUGCAGCGGGUGUUAGUAGUAGUACUGGUGGUGGUGGUGGGCUUACAGCUAUUAAUAAGAAUAAUAGUAAACCCACUACCCUGGCACUCUCCGCUCCACCCCGCUCCCCCGCAUCAGCCGUAUCUCGGACAACGCGCAAAUCUGCCCAUAGUAAUCAACAACAACAACAUCACACGCCUGUGGGGGUGAGUGAAGAUGUGGCGCAAGAGGAGAGGAGGAAGAAGAAAAAAGUGGUUAAUGGCAUUAUGAUUGCGGAUGACCAUGAUAAUGAUAAUAAUGAUAAGUAUAAAAAUGAUCGGAUUGUUAAUAACUUGUUGAAGGACGAUGGGGCUUCUCCUUCGACGACCGCCGCAGUUGGUCGUGAAAAGAGAUCGUUACGAUCUAAUGAUGGAGGAUCGAGGUCGAAGAGUGAGCUGGCGAUGUAUUUUCAGAAUUAUGAGCAGAUUCUCAGUUUAGAGCCUAUGAAGCCCGAGUUCCUCUCGGCAGACACCACGGUCUUACUCAUCGAUGACCUCACGCAACCUAUCGAACUUGAUCCUGUGCCGACAAAUGCGCCAGCAACCAAACUUCGGGGGAAGCACGAUAAAGGGAAUCCGCCAAAUGGCCAAAUGGCACAAUCGUUAAUGGAGAACCCACUUCUCGAGCUCCAUGAUGCCCAAAUACUUGACCUACGACCAUCUACACAUCAUAGUAAGAAACCAUCAAAGGACCCGCUAGAUGGCGAUGUCUACUUCAAGGCGCACCGGAGGAUCGAACGGCAAGAAAAGCAGCUCCGGAAUAUUGAGAGGGAGAGGGCUCAGCAUGAAAAGGUCCAGCUGGAUCGAUUACUGGAUGAGUUACAGGGCCAUGAUUGGCUGCGAGUUAUGGGUAUAAGCGGAAUCACGGAGACGGAAAAGAAACUUUACGAACCUAAACGAGCGUAUUUUAUCAAAGAGGUGUCAGCAUUAAUUGAUAAAUUCCGGGCCUGGAAAGAAGAGGAGAGACGACGGAAGAUUGAAAGAGAUCAAUACCUUGCCGAAGAAGACGAUGAUGACGAAGAAGAAGAUGAAGAAGAAGAUGAGAACGAAGAAAACGAAACGGAGGAUGAGGACGAAGAUGAAGCCGAGCAAGCGGCUGACCAAACCAGCAUAGGAAAAGAAGAUACCAGGCCCCAACCCAACAGGGACGGGGACCUGGAAUAUUUCUCUCCUAACUUCCAAACCUACGGUGAGCCCCCAGACAUCAAUGAUGUCGAUGCCUGGGCAGCCCGCCAACUCCAUCAAGAAGCCAUCUCAGCCUCCUCCAACACAGCACGCCGCAUCAACCUACUUCCCGAACAUGUCUCCAUACCACCACCACUACCAUCAUCUCAAUCUUCCUCUUCCUCCCCUCCAUCCUCCUCCUCCUCAUUUUCACCCACAUCCACCUCCACAUCCUACCCUGCCCCUGCUGGCCGCGAUUCUGACCGAGCUGCCCGUGCCCCUAGCCCUGCAACAACACACACAUCCGCACCGCCACCCACCCCGCCACCACCAACAACAACACAACAACCGCCGGCCCAGCCAGAACCCAAACCGUUCACAUCGUUCUAUACGAAACGGCACCUGCGCGACGCCGCCGUCGGGAAAAUCCGACGGGGCCGCACACGGACCGCGUUCGGGCAGCCGUUGCCGGAAGUAGCGGCGCGGGAGUUCCGGUUGCCCGCGGAUAUCCUUACGGAAGAGGCGGUCGAUGCGUGUCAGAGGAAGAAGAGGCGGUUGAGGAGGGCGCGGAAGGGUUGAUGGGGGUGUCUUGUUUUCAAGUGUUUAUUAUGUAUUCUUAUUAUUAUUAUUAUUACUACUAUGUUCAUCAUUAUUGUAAUGAGUAUUACAGUCGUGCGGGAGAAGGAGCUAAAAGCCAAUGAGGCAAGGGAAGGAAAGGGUAAACCACCAAAACACAUUACACACAUGUUUUAGGUUAACUCGGUUUUCUUUCUUUUUCUUUUCCUUUCUUGUCACCCACGUAUCUGAGGUCAGACGAGAAAAAGGGGAAGCAAACGGUGUCAACUCUUGUGGAACGUUCCUUUCCCCCCUUUAUACGAAAGACACGAACGAUUACCGGAGUGGAAUAUAAUGUAUAAUGUAUGUACUCCGUACACUGGCUGGGAUGGAGAGCUCGUCAGACUAAUCCGUCUGGCUCGUGUUAUCCUUCCACCGUAUAUAUAGUUAACAACUCCCGUCGCUAGUUAUGUAGCGAAUACAGUUCUUGAAUCAAGCAAGCUUUACACCUCCAACAGAGGUACCGUAGUCCGUCCGUAAAUCGGAUGGAUGAGAUUUGGGGGGGUUGGAGGGUUGAUUGCUUUGCUUCCAUUUUUGCUCUAUGUCCUAGCUUAGAUUCUAUCCGUUUAUUUAUUUAUUUAUUUAUUUAUUUUUUUUUUUCAAUGGACUGGACUCCUCCUCCCAACGUGCCUAUUAUUGGCCAGGGUGGUUAUCCUGCGCGCGCGCGGUGUUUUGCCUGCAAGGCGGAUUUUUAGGUUCCUCUUCACUAUAUACUUAUGAGCUAUGUAAUUGGGGGUCCAUAGGUGGGGGGCAUGAGUCCUUCCGUGUAGAUGCUAAUUAAAUA